AUGAUUGACCCCAUCCAUGUGAGCUGGACCGACAUCGCCGGCUCCGACACCACACCAGGGGCACGCCUGGCCGCUGGCCGCGUGCUGGCGAUGCUCGACAUGUGCGCCGCCCGCACCUCUCAGAAGGCGAUUGACCAUCAAGACUGUCUGACUCAUGAGCGGUACCUGACGUGCACCGUGGGUGUCACGAACACAAUGUUCUCGUCGCCCAUCCUGCACGGUGACGCGGUCCGUCUGGAUGGCCGCCUGGUGUGCUGUGGCUCCAGCUCCAUGGGUAUUUACAUUCGGUUUUACCGGCAGUCGCCGUCGACCCGCACCGAGACGCCGGCUGGCCAUUCCUUCUUCACCAUGGUGGCCAUCACGCCAGAUUUGAAGGCGGCCAAGGUGGUGCCGGCGAUAGAGCUGACGGACCCGCUUGACAUUGAACUGCAUAAUCACUACGUGAAAGUUCGCAAGCUUCAAGAGGAAAAUAAGAAGAACACGGCCGAGCGCUUGAAGCGCACCCUCACCACCGAGGAGGUGCAGUGCUCCAUCAACCAGCAAAAGCCCAUUCAUGCCCGCAUCAACUCCACCAGGGUGGAGGCAAACCGCAUCUUCUUCACAUCCUGCAUGAACAACAACAACACCGUCUUCGGCGGAGAGCUGAUGGCGUGGAUGGAGCAGCACGCCGUGCAUUGCGGCCGCAUGUUCACCGGCAACCGCUAUGUUUUUACGAUUGGAAUGCACAGCGUUGCCUUCCCCGAGCCGGUGUUCGCCACGGACUGGGUGACGCUCGAGGCGACCGUCAUAUAUGUGCGCAACACCACAAUGGAGGUGGAUGUGGUGCUCAAGGCGGAGCGCAAAGACGCUGGCACCGUGAUCACGAAUCGUGCGUCGUUUGUGUUGAUCAACAACGAUGAUAUUGGGCGGAAGUGCGCCAUCCCGAUCGGGCUGGAGCUGAAUGGGGCAACACAGGAAGAGCUCCAGCAGUUCAUGGAGGCCCGUGUACGAUACCACUGCAGCGUGGCCCGUCGUGACGACUUCCAUGCCAGCAACCUUUGCACAGGCACGACGAAGCUGUAG